AUGACAGGACCUUCAACACCCGGCCAAGAAGGGCCUUCCUUCGCACCUCCUCCUCUCCCAUCUGGCUGGAUCGCCCAAUGGGAUGGCAACUCCAAGAAAUACUAUUUCGUGCAACUCAGCACCGGGGCUUCGCAAUGGGAUACACCUACGCACGCUGCACCCACGGGACCCACCCCUCAAGCGACGCCACAGGGAACAGAACAUCCAUAUGGAUUACCAGGAGAGAAUGGAAGUCAGGGCCAUGCGCAGGAGAUGGGCGGUGAUGGAACCAGAGGAUUUGGAGGGGAGAAUGCGGGCGGUGAUGGAGAGAGAGGUAUCGGGUCUUUCAUCACAAACCAAUAUCUUAAGAAACAAACCGGAGGCAUUCUUGGUGGAGGCAGUAGUAGUUCCGGUUCACAAGGUGGAUUGGGAGGACUAGGCGGACUCGCCGGUUCGUUCCUUGGGGGAGGAUCAUCUGGAUCAAGCCACAAUAAUAAUAAUUCGCAUUCGACGAGUGGAGGUGGUUCAUCAGGUAUCGCCGGACUCGCCAGUUCAUUCCUCGGAGGAGGAUCAUCCGGAUCAAGUCACAAUAACAGUAAUUCGCAUUCGACAAGUGGAGGUGGAUCAUCAGGUAUCGCCGGACUCGCCGGUUCGUUCCUUGGAGGUGGAUCAUCCGGAUCAGGUCACAAUAACAAUUCGCAUUCGACAAGUGGAAGUGGUUCAUCAGGUAUUGCAGGUGCUUUGAUGGGCAGUCUAUUGGGUGGUGGAAAGAAAACAGAUAACGCGCAAAAUCAGAAUCAGAAUCAUUCUGGUUCGCAGAGUGGUCAACACGGACAAAGUGGUGGAAGUGGAUUGAUGGGGAGUUUGGGAGGAAUGUUUGGUCAUCAGAGUCAAUCUCAGGGUGGUGGAAACUUUGGAUAUUCAAACAAUAGCAGUGGAAGCCAAGGAGGCUAUUCUGGUGCUGCUCCUCCAAGUUCCUAUCAACCAGGUGGUGCAAGCCAAAAUAGUUACAGCUCUCCAGCUCCUGCACAGCAAUCUUAUGGCCAAGGAGCUACACACACUCCGUCGUCACAGUCCUAUUCUCAAGGACAUGCACCUUCUUACUCUCAAGGAUCUGCUACAUCACAUCAAUAUGAUCCACAAAACCCAUCUCAUGGCAUGCCACCAAAACAUGAAUAUGGCGCUCCAGGUCAACAAUCACAAUAUGGUGCCCCUCAACAUCAGUCUUCAUUCGGACAAGCACCACAAUCACAACAUAAUCAAUACCCAGGAGCUCCAGCUUAUGGAUCUGGUCCAAGUUCUCCAGGUGGAUAUGGUGCACCUCAACAUCAACAGCAUGGACAGCACCAACAACAUCAAUAUGGUGGUCCACCUGGUCCAGAAAUGUCAGGAGGAAUGUAUGGUGGUGGUCCACCCCCUGUACCACAUGGCAGCCAUCCUCACCAUGGUCAACAUCAACAACAUGGCUCACAAGGUGGUUCAUCUGGUGGUUACCCUCCUCCUCCUUCAGGUGGUUAUCCUGGACAACCAGGAUGGUAA